CCGGGCACAGUCCUGCCGGCUCCAGCGGACGAUAAUGCAUUGCACCAUGGCCUCGCUGUAAACCGAAUGAAACCCCCAGUAUAUUGUAUUUUACCGGCAAUCCGUUACCAUCGGCGCCUUGAUCAUGGACCUCCGGUCCAGAGGCUUUUUUAGGAGGCAUUGGAGUUGUCAAUAGUAACCUUCAAGUGCGAUAUUAAUACAUUUUCUGCCCUGUCACUUUUGCACGUUCUGGGAAUUUAAAGACGAAGUGACAGCACUCACCUAGCUAGCUGCUAAGUCAAUAAAGGCACACUUUCUAUUUGGAGGAGAGGACAAGAAACUACAUUAGCUACAAUUUUAAGUAAUGGACAAUAGGUUAUAAAAUACUGUCUUUUUUCCAUUGUUUAUUCAAGUCUUCCCUUCGAUCCCUCAGACACUUCAUACCCGAUCGGCUGGCAAUUCAGCGCCACCCUGAUGCAGAACCACGUGAAAUGAACAAACCACCGCAGCCUAUAACGGGACCCACCUCUGUCCCACUCCCCUCCCCCUCCCCUGGUCUGACACAGGCUACCUAUGCCUCUGCACAGCCCACUUCUCUUGUCUUCGCCACCCAAACACCUCAACAAAUGAAUUCUGCACCGCAGCCACGACAGUUUGGCACCGGGCCCCGUGCUUUACACCAACAGCCUUACUAUGCCAACAGGCCCACCAGUGUCACCCGGGUCCAGACCAGCAGUGGGCCUCGUCCGGUUGGUCCCACCCACAUCUACCAGCCCGGCUCCCAGAUGAUGAUGAUCCCUGGUCAGCAGCUGUCCUUUGCUGGCUCCCCUCAGGGCUACUUCAUCCCCCCUGGACAGUAUCGGGCUCCCUACAUGCCACCAAGUCCACAGUACCCUGUGACAAGUGGGACAGCAGGCUUCUACCCAGGCACCAGCCCGGCUGAAUACCCCACCUAUGCAGGUGCCUACUACCCGGCCCAGCCCCAGUACAGCCACACACCCCCUGUCCAGACCGCGCCUGUCAUAAGCCCUGCCCAGCCCCAGCAGCAGGCCUUGCCCCCUCAGCCGCCGACCCAUCCACCGGCACCCAAGAGGGAGCGCAUAACGAUCAGAAUACGAGACCCCAACCAAGGGGGCCGUGAUAUCACAGAGGAGAUCAUGUCCGGGGGAAGGUCCACCUCCACCCCCCCUUCACAGUCCUCCACCACAGAGGAAGAAGGUCCUGCCCAGACCAACGGGGAAUUUACUAAACCCAUCACCAUCGUGACGAGAACAGAUGAAAACGCAGAACCCGCGGAUUGCACAGUGACGGCCGCCGAAACCCUGCCUCCAGUGUUGUCAACUCCAGAGCCUACCACUGCAGCUGUCCCACUGGAGGCCAGACAGGAAACCGAUAGCCAGGUUGCCCCGCUUACCGAACAGGUCAUCAGCGAAUCACAUGCCCCCGUGGCGGGGAUGAGGCACGAGGUGCCCAUCCCACAAAGGGAAGACCAGGCCCCUGCCUCCUCCCCCCUGACAGCUUCUACCUCCUCUCCCCCUGCAGAGGUACAGACUCCACCCCCUGCCACCACCAUGGCUCAGGCCAGCCACACAGUGGGCGCUGGUAUGACCCCCGCAGUGAAGGCAGUGACCCCGGAAGGUCCUUCCACACAGGUAGAGCCUCUGGCUGCACCAGCAUCUGUGGAGAAGCCUCUUGCCCAGGUAGCGGAGGAAGUAGUAGUGGUGGAGGAGAAGGUAGAAAAGGUCAAGAAGGAGCUGGCAGUUACCAUCAAUCCAGAGGUAGUAGUGGCUGUUGUGGUCAUUAAAGAAGACACUAAACCCGCCCCACGACCUGUGACCCCCAUCGCCAUGGCAACGGGCGACGAUUUCGUUCCGUCCUUGAAGUUGGUGGCGGCUGUGGAAGCGGCCACUAAAACUGAGUGCGUGGUGUUGCCGCCAGCGCCUAAACAGAAAGCCAUGACCGAGCCCAUUUCUGCCCCCACUCAUGCCGCCACUCCCUCUGUCCCGGAGGCGGAGCCUGCUGUGGCCCAAAAGAAGGUGGAGCAGCUGCCCCUGUCCAACGGCCUCCCCCAGGAGGACCCCGAUGAGGUAGAUGCCCCCGUUGCUGCAAUAGAGCGCAUUGCAACUGUAAUCACAGAGCCUGCCGCUCCCCCACCUCAGGAAACUGCUAACCCUGCGGCUGCUGCCGUGGAGGAGGAAGAGGAGGAGGAAGAGGAGGAGGAAGAGGAGGAGGAGGAGGAGCGGAAAGAGGAGGAUGCAUCCCCAGUGCCCUUGUCCAGCAGCCCUUCAGAGGACUCGUCUAUGCACGCUGCUGUGUCUGUGCCAAAGAAGAAGAGGAACAUGAAGGAGCUGAACAAGAAGGAAGCCAUCGGAGACAUGCUGGAUGCCUUCAAAGAGGAGGAGGCGGCGGCACAUGCCACCGAGCCGUUGUCUUCACCGCCGGAGCCCAGCCCUGUGGCCCCGACCUCCUUGCCGCCCGCCGACGCGCCAGAUGAGACGUGGGAAGAGAAGGAGGACAAGCAGAACGCCGACACACCCUCGCUCAAACCGGGCGACCUCAAGUAUCAGUACAAAGGAGAGCAAUGGAAGCCUAUCGACCCAGAGGAGAAGAAGAGGUAUGACAGGGAGUUCCUGCUGGGUUGCCAGUUCAUUAGUGCCAGCAUGAACAAGCCUGAGGGCCUGCCUCUCAUCACAGAUGUUGUGCUAGAUAAGGCGAAUAAGACCCCCAUGCGCCCAGCGGAGCCGGGUCGCAACAUGAACGCCGGGCCAGACUUCACCCCCGCCUUCAUGGGUAACCUGGGUAGACAGUCCUCUGGGGGAGGGGGACCACGGGGCCCUGGAAGGGACCACCUGGGACCCCCCGGACCACGGCGCUCCCAGCAGGGCCAGCGCAAGGAGCCCCGCAAGAUCAUCACAAUCUCCUCAUCGCUAGGUGGUGAAGUGGAGCUCAACAAGGCGGAGAAGGCCUGGAAGCCCGCAGUGAAGAAGGCUGUGACCCGGGGCCGAGGCGCCGCCCCCGAGGAUGAGGAGAGCGACGACCCCGAGCAGGCCAAGACCCAGGAGCUGUUCAAGAGGGUCCGCUCCAUCCUCAACAAGCUGACCCCCCAGAUGUUCCAGCAACUGAUGAAACAGGUCACAGAGCUGACCAUCGACACGGAGGAGCGGCUGAAGGGAGUGAUCGACCUGAUCUUUGAGAAGGCCAUCUCCGAGCCCAACUUCUCUGUGGCCUACGCAAACAUGUGCCGCUGCCUUAUGGGGUUGAAAGUGCCCACCACAGACAAGCCGGGAGUGACUGUAAACUUCCGCAAGCUGCUGCUCAACCGCUGUCAGAAAGAGUUUGAGAAGGACCAGGAUGAUGACGUCAUCUUUGAGGCCAAACAGAAGGAGAUGGAGGCUGCCAAAGAGGAGGAGAAAGCUGGUCUGAAGGCGACGCUGGAGGAGGCCAAAGACAAGGCGCGGCGGCGGUCGCUGGGCAACAUCAAGUUCAUCGGUGAGCUGUUCAAGCUGAAGAUGCUGACGGAGGCCAUCAUGCACGACUGCAUCGUCAAGCUGCUGAAGAACCACGACGAGGAGUCGCUGGAGUGCCUCUGUAGACUGCUGUCCACCAUCGGCAAGGACCUGGACUUUGAGAAAGCCAAGCCCCGUAUGGACCAGUACUUUGCCCAGAUGGACAAGAUCAUCAAGGAGAAGAAGACCUCAUCUCGGAUCCGCUUCAUGCUGCAGGACGUCAUCGACCUCAGACGGAGUGGCUGGGUGCCCCGGCGGGGGGAGCAGGGUCCUAAGACCAUUGACCAGAUCCACAAGGAUGCUGAGCAGGAGGAACACAUGCAGCAGGUCAAGGUUCAGCAGCAGCUCAUGUCAAGGAACGACGGAGGAGGACGAGGAGGUGGUGGAGGGGGAAGAGACGGGAGGGGGGGAGACAGAGGAGAGGGAUCAGGUGGGCCGCGGGGCCAGCAGGUGGGAAGGGGCAGCCAGCCCCAGGACGAGGGCUGGAACACAGUGCCCAUCUCCACCAAGAACAGACCCAUCGAUACCAGCCGGCUCAGCAAGAUCACUAAGCCUGGUGCUCUGGACUUCAGCAACCAGCUUCUUGCUCCCCAGCUCGGGGGUAAGGGCAUGUGGGGCAGCUGGGGCAAGGGCAGCAGUGGAGGCACCACAGGAGCCAAGCCUGCCACCGGAGCUGAACCAGCGGAGACUGGCCGUCCGGCCACCGGCAACCGUUUCUCUGCCCUGCAGCAGUCAGCUCCACCAGCAUCCUCCUCAGACGCUGACCGCAGGGUACCCCAGAGGUCCAGCUCCAGUCGUGACCGUGACAGGUUUGACCGCUUCGAGCGGCACGACAGCAGUCGCGACGAGCGUGGUGGCAGUCGCGACGCCCGCCCCCCUAUCACUAAGCGCAGCUUCAGCCGUGAGACAGAGGAGCGUAGGGGCGAUAGUUGCACCCCUACGGAACCCCCCGUCCGGCGCGUAGCCAGCAUGACUGACGACAGAGACCGGGGAGGCAGCAGAGACCAGGGAGGCAGCAGAGACCAGGGAGGCAGCAGAGACCGGGGAGGCAGCGGUAGCCAGGGAGGCAGCCGUAGCCGGGGAGGCAGCGGUAGCCGGGACAGGGCUCCCAGCAAGGAGGUUGUUGUGAAGCGUGAGACAGCCCACACCCCUCCCCCUGAUGCUCCGACCAAACCGGCCGUGACCGAGGAGGAGCUGGAGAAGAAAUCCAGCGCCAUCAUCGAGGAGUACCUCCAUCUCAAUGACAUGAAGGAGGCACUGCAGUGUGUAGUGGAGCUGAACAGCGCCCCGCUGCUCUUUGUGUUUGUGCGGAACGGUCUGGAGAACACUCUGGAGCGCAGCGCCAUCGCCAGAGAACGCAUGGGCCUGCUGCUGCACCAGCUCAUCAAGGCUGGCACCCUGCCCACAACAGAGUACUACAAAGGGCUCCAAGAGAUCCUGGAAGUGGCUGAGGACAUGGCCAUAGACAUCCCCCACAUCUGGCAAUACCUGUCUGAGCUCAUCAACCCCAUGCUCCACGAGGGAGGCAUCCCCAUGGGACAGCUCUUCAGAGAGAUCUCCAAGCCCCUGAUUCCCCUGCGUAAGGCCGGUGUGCUGCUGGUGCACAUCCUCAACUUACUCUGUAAAGAAAUGACCCAUAAGAAGGUGGGUGGUAUGUGGAUGGAGGCGGGGCUCAACUGGAGAGACUUCCUGCCAGAGGACGAGGAUGUCAACAAGUUUGUGACUGAACAGAAAAUUGAGUUUACCCUUGGGGAGAAGUCAGACGGGACCAAUCAGAAGACAACCAUGAGUGGGGAGGAGCUUAGCAAACAGCUUGACAGACUGAUCCAGGACAAGGCUAACAACCAGCGUAUCAGAGACUGGGUCCAGGCCAACCUGGACGAACAGCAGACGUCAGCCAACCAAUUUGUGCGCUCUCUGAUGACAUCCAUUUGCCAGUCAGCCGUUAUAUGUGAGAACCCAUACAAGGUGGACGUGGAGCAGAUUACCCAGAGGGCAAAACUGCUGCAGCGGUACCUGAGUGAUGAGAAGAAGGAACUGCAGGCCCUCUAUGCCCUCCAGGCCCUCAUGGUGCACAUGGAGCAACCGGCCAAUCUGCUGCGGAUGUUCUUUGACACGCUUUACGACGAGGACGUGAUCAAAGAGGAGGCCUUUUACAGGUGGGAGUCCAGCAAAGACCCAGCCGAGCAGACUGGAAAGGGUGUGGCCCUCAAGUCGGUCACCGCCUUCUUCACCUGGCUCCGUGAUGCCGAAGAAGAGUCCGACAAAGACUAAACGGGCCUCACUCUAAAACAACCCCUCUAUGGCCAGGGAGGGGUAUUGCAAGGGGGGCCAAGGAGGGAUUUGGACUCUGGCUCUUUAAUGUUGCGGACUGAUACCAAUCCUCAACGAGGCUAUUGAGAGCGGGACAUACAAUCACUUUCUCUCUCUUUCUCUCACUCUCACUUCGUCAUUCUCUCUCCUUUCCCAGUUUUGUGAUGGCAAGUGUCCGCCGAAAAUGAAAUAAAUCUGAAAAAUUAUUCUGCCGGAUUUUGCUUGUGUAAACGCGUGGGAUAACUACUACGGUCAUUGUGUAUAAAACCCUUUUAACUUUAUGUUCUUGAAAAACGUAAGCCACCACGCUGCUCUCUUUAUGGUUCUAGACACAAUUCUAUUAUGCAACAUACUAUAUGACACGCAAAACGCAUAGAGACAAUGGUAGAGGUGUCAUGUAGCAUGCUUUUCCCCAGGAGUGGGGUAUCAUGUCCGAUCCAACACUAUCUUGUUUAUGGAGCGUACAGCAUGGUUUAAGUGUUUCUAUUGGUGAUUCAUGUGGAAAGGAGAAGCAGCAGACAUGGUAUGUUGGCUGAUCAGCUGACAUCAAAUUUAUGUGGCUGACUGUAUGGAGCCGCUGAUUGGAGUUCUGAGCGAAGUUUGUCUGUACCUUUUCCCCCACUUCCAGUUUACCGCUGUACUAGGACCUGUGUGAGGACAGAAACACAAUGGAGGACUGAUUGUGACCUAUGACCAUUAGCCUCUGACCAUGGCUACUGAGGGGACGGAGAGGGGGGUCUUCUGUAUGCUUCCUUAAACCCAUCCUUUCACUUCCACCCCCAGUAGUCAAUCCUGACUGAGAUUCUUCAUCUUUUACCUUUCUUGUACUUACAUGAUGAACUGUUGGGUGCUUUCUCUCUCUCUCGAGACCCCUGUCAUAUCGGUAAAGAAACACCUAACUAGAGGAAACUUAAUGACAAGGUCACCAUUUAAAACUUGAAACCUACAGAAAUCAACUUGAUGAAAAACAGAAAUGAUCCGAAAGCCUUUUCUACUCUGAGUAGAAUCACAUUUCAGGAGCGUUCUGUACAUAUAUAUAUUACACUUUUUUUCUGUUUUAUUUUUCAGAAAUAAUAAAAAUAAAUUGCUGAUGUACUGUAAACUUUAAAAUGCCAUGUAUCUUUUUCCAACAGAAAUGGCAGGUUGAUGAGAUGCAGAAAGGGGUGUUCCAUUCAUUAGUUUUAUUGGAAUUUUGUAAAUAUUUUUUCCCCUAUUUUAUUAUUUAAGGAAUAACUGCUUCUUUUUGCAUCGGAAACUGGAAAAGAUGAGGAAACAGAGCAUUGCAAAUAAAAUACCUGGGUGGA